AUUCGGCAAUCGCAACCGUGCCAAUAGGAAAAAGCCGUGUAUACACGAUGAAAAAAAUGAUAAUUCUUCCGGUAUAAAAUAUAUUAUACAAGUCCAUAUCCAAUUGAAGCACACGAUAAACCGAUGUGUGAUGUAAUUGUUGCUAUCUUAUUAAUUUAAAGUUUAAAAUAUUCAACGUGUCAGUGUCAACGUCAAACAGACGAGAGAUAGCUAUACAGCUCAGCACUUAUACUGGAUAAUGGAAAAGUUAUCUUUUUCAUACGUGCGUAUUAAGUGGAACGAGGAAUCGUUUUGAGUAACUGUACGUAAGGUUAAUAAAUAUAUUGUCGCAAUAUGUCAAACACCGGUUUGUUGGUCCUGACAAAUCCAGCGAGAGUGGCAAAGUUGUUGCCUAUUAUAAAGAAGCAUGUGCUAAAGACUCUGUACGUUCAAUAUUUUCCGGAAAAGAAUAUUUUCCUUCCCGGCAGCUACACGGCCGCGAAUCACCAGUGGAAAGUAACACGUUACGCUCAAAUCGUUUCGAAUAUUUACACGGACACGUCCGCGAUCCCGAAACUCGACGUACGCGUGUUACUCACAAGUAUGAAAAAUCCUAACUCCUCGGUAAUAAACACUAAGAAACCCGUGGAGAUAGUCAUUUUUGAUGAAAUUUGUAGUAAGAAAGAUGCCGACACGUUCAUUCAAGAUUAUUUAGCCAACACUUCAAUGGGCUGUAAUUUCAUUGCUUUUAAUGAUUAUCAGACAACAGAGAAAGAAGACGAUGUGAUUACUUGCACUAAGGAAGAUAAGACCUACAAGAACGUCGUACUUGGUGGUACGUUCGACAGAAUACACAAUGGUCAUAAAAUUUUUUUAAGCGAUGCUGCUUUACACUGCGUCGAGAGGCUUACAAUUGGUAUAACAGACACAAAUAUGUUGGCUGGCAAACUGUUAUGGGAAUUGAUCGAGCCAUGCCCUACAAGAAUCAUGCAUCUAAGAGAUUUUUUAGAAGAUAUAGAUUCAACUUUAACGUACAACAUUGUGCCGAUACAAGAUAUGUAUGGGCCGACUAGAACUGAUCCAACACUUGAUAUGAUAGUAGUUAGCGAAGAAACUAAACGUGGAGGAGAGAAAGUAAACGAAUUACGAGAGCAACUAAAUUUAAAGAAAUUAGACAUCCGCGUUGUAAGAUUAGUCAGGGACAAGGAUCACAGAGAACACGAAGAGAACAAAAUUAGUUCUAGUAAUCUGAGAAUACGAAUGCUGGGUUCAAAACUCCGACCGCCUAGGAUCGGAGACAAACCUUCGAAGCCUUAUGUAAUUGGUUUAACCGGUGGUAUAGCCAGUGGGAAGUCGUCGGUAGCUGAGAAAGUACAAAAGCUCGGUGCAGCUCUUGUCAAUUGCGAUACAAUAGCGCACGAAUUAUAUUUGCCUGGCGAGAGGUGCUACGAUGCGGUGGUUGAAAAUUUUGGUCCUGCUGUUGUAAAAGCUGAUGGGUCUAUCGAUAGGAAAGCGCUUGGAAAUAUAGUAUUUAAGGACGCUGCACAAUUAAAUAAAUUAAAUAAACUCGUUUGGCCUUUAAUCAUGGAAGAAGCAAAGAAACGGAUACAUGAUUUUUACACUAAGGGAUUUGAAUUAGUUGUUAUGGAAGCUGCGGUCUUGAUCCAGGCCAAAUGGCAGAAUGAGUGUCACGAGGUUUGGACUUGUAUCAUACCACAGCAGGAGGCUAUACGACGAGUAAUGGAGAGAAACCGGUUAACCGAAGAUGAGGCAAAAGCAAGGAUUCAAGUCCAGCCAAGUAAUCUCGAACAAGUUAACGAGGCCAACGUUGUUAUAUGCAGUUUAUGGAGUCACGACAUUACCGCAGAACAAGUGCAAAAGGCAUGGAACGAAACAAUUGCAUUUUUAUCUAAAAAUAAUAGUUAAUUGUUACUUUGUUGGGAGAGCUAAUUUUUUAAAUCUGUAAGAUUUUACAUGGAACAUUAUUUUUAAUAAAUUGUUAUACUGCUUA